ACUCCCCAAAAAACCAAAGCUUUGAGCUUUCUAGAGAGAGAAGAGAGAAGAGAGAAGAGAGAAGCACCCAGAACCCCAAAACCAGAGUUUCAGAGAGAGAAAGGAAGCAGACUUCAUGGAGGGGAAAGAAGAGGAUGUGAAGUUGGGUGCCAACAAGUUCUCAGAGAGGCAGCCCAUAGGGACCUCAGCUCAGACAGACAAGGACUACAAGGAGCCACCACCAGCUCCACUGUUUGAGCCUGGUGAGCUCCAGUCAUGGUCUUUUUGGAGAGCUGGAAUAGCUGAGUUUGUGGCUACCUUCUUGUUCCUCUACAUCACUAUUUUGACUGUGAUGGGGGUCAAAAGGGCACCAAACAUGUGCUCUUCUGUGGGUAUUCAGGGCAUUGCUUGGGCCUUUGGGGGUACCAUCUUUGCCCUUGUUUACUGCACUGCUGGAAUCUCAGGUGGUCACAUAAACCCAGCUGUGACAUUCGGUCUCUUCUUGGCAAGGAAACUCUCCCUGACCAGAGCUGUGUUCUAUAUAGUGAUGCAAACCCUUGGGGCAAUUGCUGGUGCUGCUGUGGUCAAGGGGUUUGAGGGCAACACCCGGUAUGAAGUGCUCGGUGGUGGAGCUAACUCCGUGAACCAUGGCUAUACCAAGGGUGAUGGCCUUGGUGCUGAGAUUGUUGGCACUUUUGUUCUGGUCUACACUGUUUUCUCUGCCACUGAUGCCAAGAGAAAUGCCAGAGACUCCCAUGUCCCUAUCUUGGCUCCACUUCCAAUUGGGUUUGCAGUGUUCUUGGUGCACUUGGCAACCAUCCCCAUCACUGGAACUGGUAUCAACCCUGCUAGGAGCCUUGGAGCUGCCAUCAUCUACGACAAGGAACAUGCAUGGGAUCAUCAUUGGGUCUUCUGGGUUGGACCAUUCAUCGGAGCUGCACUUGCUGCCCUCUACCAUCAGAUAGUCAUCAGAGCCAUUCCAUUCAAGACCAGGGAUUGAGAGUGUAUUUGCAUAUCUCUCCUCGUUUAGACUUGUUUCUAGGCCUGCAUUUAUAUCUAUUUCCUUGUGUAUUCAUGUUGAGACUGGUAUUGAGGUGUUGAUGUGCAUAAGUUAUUUGGGUUGCUACAAUGGAGCUUGAUUAAUGUAAAAUCUUUAUUAUUUGGGUUGCUACAAUGGAGCUUGAUUAAUGUAAAGUCUUCCUCCUCA